AUGUCGGAAGAAACUAAGAAGCCUAUUAUUUUUGCUCCAAAGACCUACCAAUAUGAUAAAUUUUCGCUAGACGAAAGUAGUAUUGAUAGUGAUCCAAUUGUACAAUUUACGAAAUGGUUUAACGAAGCCAAAGAUGAUCCUACAGAGAGUAUUCCAGAGUCUGUAUCUUUUGCAACUGCUGAGCUACCAUCUGGAAAAGUCUCGUGCAGAAUCCUUUUGUUCAAAGAGCUAGAUGACAGAGGGUUUACAGUAUAUUCUAACUGGGGGACAUCGAGAAAAGCAGAUGAUAUUAAGAGUAAUCCACAAGCAGCUAUGACAUUCUUCUGGAAGAACUUACAGAGGCAAGUGCGUGUCGAGGGUUUUACUGAGCAUGUCUCAAGAGAAACUUCUCAACGUUAUUUCAAGACGAGACCUAGGGGAUCUAAGAUUGGUGCAUGGUCCUCCCCUCAAUCUCAUCGUAUUGAAAACAGAGAAGAGUUGAAUGCUUUGCUGAAGAAAAAUGAGGAGAAGUUCAAAGAUGCUGAAGAUGUUGAAUGUCCUGAGUUCUGGGGUGGUAUUAGAGUUGUUCCUUUGAGAAUUGAGUUCUGGCAGGGUAGGGCUAGUCGUUUACACGAUCGUUUAGUCUUUGAAAGAAAGUCCGAAAACGAUGCAUGGGAGCUAGUUAGAUUAGCACCAUAA